GUUGCGUUGUGGUGGCGCCGCUGCAGCGAGCGCAGUGCUGCAGGGCCAGGGCUGCGUGCCGGAGGUUGCUGCUAUGGCUUCCAGCAGCGGGGCUGGGAAGCCCUCCGGGUCCGCGAACGAGGCUCCCGAAAUCCCCGACAACGUGGGAGACUGGCUUCGGGGCGUCUACCGCUUCGCUACUGACAGGAAUGAUUUCCGGAGGAACUUGAUCCUCAACUUGGGACUUUUUGCUGCAGGCGUGUGGCUGGCCAGGAACUUGAGUGACAUCGACCUCAUGGCACCCCAGCCAGGGGUGUAGCUGAGCAGACAAAUGGAAUUGCUGUGCUGUACUCGGACCUUCCAGAAACAGUCAGCCAUCUGUGACACGCCUGGAUGGCAGCUCAGGUUGGGUGCUGUGGGGAGCCUCCCCUUCCCUGCCUGCUCUUCCUUGAGUCCACUCAGCACUCUGCUCUCUGGUGGGCGGCCAGGCUGCAGCCAGGGUGUUGCGUCUGCUCUGUAACAUCCUGGACGUGGUCCCUGCGGUUUUGCACCGCCUCGUCUUGAGGAGUGAUGAUGGUGUCUUAACCAAUAUGUGAAAUAAAGACUGCGUACAAGGACAGCCGUUUUCUUCUUUUAAUAAGAAACUUCUGCUUACAAAAAACAAGGUGUAAAAAGUCAAGAUUUACAAAAAUCAUAAAAACGUGAUUUAUAUUUCAUACUCAAUCAGGGACAAGAUCUAAACCUGGAUUGUAAUGGAGAUGGUUUGCUUCAUUUCAAAAAGAAAGACGAAACGGAAAUGGUAAAACA